UAUUUUAGAACUUUAGUAGAAAUAGAAACCAUUAAUCAGAUUUCACAUUUUCUUAUACAAACAAAUCUCACCUGCAUUUGUCACAAACAGCAGCAGAAUUUGAGUCAAAGUUCAGAUGGCAGAUGGAGAUGAGCAACUGAGGUAUGUAAAGCUGAACAAAAAUCAUGGGCCUGUUGAAAUCAACCCAGGAGAGCUUAAUCAGCCCAUUCAAGUUCCUCAGUUGAAUGUCCGCACCUGCGAUGGAUGUGGACAGUCUUUGCCAGAGAGCUUUGAGCCUCCUGCUAUAGAGCCUUGGACCACUGGUAUAUUUGGCUGCACUGAAGAUAGACAGAGCUGCUAUACUGGACUUUUUUGUCCAUGUGUUCUUUUUGGGCGCAAUUAUGAAAGCGUGAGAGAUGACUAUGCUUCUGCCACCACUCCUUGUGUUCUUCAUGCAAUUUUCAUUGAAGGCGGUCUUGCCCUUGCCGCAACAAUGGCAGCAUUUCAUGGAAUUAUUGACCCAACUGUGUCAUAUUACAUCUGCGAGGGGUUGCUGUUCAGUUGGUGGAUGUGUGGCACAUACACAGGCUUCUUCCGAGAAAUGUUACAGAAGAAAUACCAUCUUGAGAACGCACCAUGUGAUCCAUGCAUGGUGCAUUGUUGCUUGCAUUGGUGUGCUUUAUGCCAAGAACACAGGGAAAUGAAAGGCCGUCUUUCUGAUAAUUUUGUGAUGCCAAUGACUCUGGUCAACGCCCCUCGUGUUCAGCAAAUGAACUCUGCUGAAGACGGUCAAGGGCCAUCUUCUGCAACAUCAUCCUCAGUGAAUGGCCAUGAACAUCAUACCACCUUAGAGAUGCAAGCGCUAUGAGAUCAUUAGCUGGCAAUGUAUUUUACAUCCAUGUAGUUGCUUCUGCACACAUUAUUGAAUCGGAUGCAUAUGCUGUUUUUAGCAUUUUUGUUUUAUAGGAUUGUAAAGGGGUGUUUGAAUGUGUAAUUAUUCCCCAAUCCAAGGUUAAGAUAUUACAAUAUCCGGAAUAACAGAUAAGUUAUUGCAGAAAACAGAUACGAUUAUUAUUUUUCUCUUUCAA